UGACUUUGGGAUAGAUUUAGAUAUCAAUUAACUGUGAGACCGAAAAAGAACCUGAAACCAUGAAAAAACAGAAGAUGGCUUGCGGAAUACGCGGAAUUAUCUUCGCUGCCACAGCGCUCUCUCUAGCGCAGGGGGCGUUGGGCUUGGAUGCUGCUGAAGAUGGUGCUGCUGCAGCAGCUGCAGCUGAAGGUGGUGCUGCUGAAGAUGCUGCUGCUGCAGCUGAAAUUGGUGCUGAAGUUGCUGAAAAUGCUGCUGCUGCUGCUGAAGAUGGUGCUGAAGUUGCUGAAGAUGCUGCUGCGGCUAAGAAGGUGGAUGAGCAGAAGAGCCUGAUCCGUGAACUGUUGGAACCGGAGAUGUGGACAAAGAACCUCAAUAGGCAGCGCGAGUUCCCUGCUCAGGAGAACCAGCUAAUGAAGCUGCGACCAAUUAUCGAAAGAAGAUUAAGCACGCUUCCUGAUGAGCACACCAGUUUAUUUACGGCUGCGUUUCACUUAGAAGGGUUUUGUAGUUACCGUUUAACGCCAAAUAGGCGUCGCCUCUAACAUAACUCCGAACGGUUUACCUGUGACAGCCCAAAAGCCAGCGAAUAUACCAGGAUCUGGCGCUGUUGCUCCAUGGAAGGAUGCAGAGUUAUGGUCAACAUUUAGUGUCCAUCAUUCUCGGCAUCUUGUUCCCCUUUUCCCUUGUAUUCUCGUGAAAUACAAGGUAAAAGGGGCCAAGAUGAGAGGGCCGAGAUGCAAUCUAGCAGCCUCUAAAAGAGAUCCAAAAGAAAGCCGCAAACUGGGCUAACGACAGACUCGGGAAAACUCUCAAACCUGAGCUAGUUUCGACGAAGAACGGAAAAUUAUGGAGUAGGAUAUUAACAUCCUGAAAGAAUAAAUAUUCUUGAGCAGGAAGAACAUCUUCAACUUCAAGCGGAGCAGCUCGUUAGUAUUCCUAUUCUUUUCGCAUUUGAUUUUGACUGAUACGGUUCUCUUAAGAGAAAGAGCUACGAGUAUGACAACAAUGCAGAAGUAAUUGUAGCUGUGGCAACAUUCUGAUGGAAGAGUGGAAUUCAACGUGUCUAGCUCUAGUAUAUGUAAGAGGAUGCUAAAGAUGUCAACAAAAGUCAAAACUUCUCAUCUAAGAGUAAAGGUAUUGCGCACCACGUGGCGCGACGAGCACCUUUACAACGAUCCUCGAUUCAAUGACGAAGCACACCCGGCCUAUUUCUAUUAAGGUUACCGAUGAAGCAUCCUCAACGCCAUCCUUGGCCUCUUUUUCAAGGGGAAAAAGAAGGGUCAAGGGAUAUGAGUCUCGUCAAGGAAGAUGCGACGCGGUUGUAGCUCUAAUCCUACUUGCCGGAUCCCGAGACAAUGAGUGUGUUUCACGGCGAGAGCUUGCAGCCGUCUCUUGAUCGGGCGUACUGGUAUCCUGGAAUUCCAUCAGACGAUUUGUCUGGUGGCACCCACAACGAAGAAAUUGCGAUCCCUCUUGAGCACAACUUAAGAUGAAAUCUUUAAACAUUCACUUUAAUUUUCUCCAUAACUGUAGUGGAUGUAGUAAGACCUCUAGAAAUCAUUGCCAGACUAUUUCUUUCUAUAUUCGUAGUUGUCUCACAUUCACAAUCACAAUAUUUUGUACUAUGUAUAGGUGUUUCAGCAUAAGAAUCACUAGAAGUUUAUACUCAAGAUGAAGCUUACUUUAAAUUUUUUUUUCAAUAUUCCUCAUAUUGUUCAUAAUCACAAGAAGCUUAACGAGUUGAUACUGACUUUAUUGUUCAUCUACUUAUGAAAAUAUUCUUCUAUGACUACUAACUUCUAAGACAUAACGGCAAGCCGCACAACUCGGUCAUGCCUUGUUUCGUCGUCGAGUACGGUGUCAAAUCGAUACUGGAGUACAAUGCUGACCGCAACAAAAAUUAUGGCUUUAAAUUCAAGAGGUUCUUUUCAAGAGGUUUCUAAAAGGUCAAAGGAAGAUGCUCCCAGAAGAAAUGGAUAUAGGGAAGGUCUAAAAAAAACCCGCAAAAACCACCGUGGAUAUAGGGAAGGUCUAAAAAAAACCCUUAAAUUUUGCAGACGACUGGAACACAGAAGCGGUGACCAACAUACGUAACCUCUUCUCUCCUCCAGCUCCAGCAGCAGGCGAGGCAGCACCUCUGUACAAGCUGGGAAACGUUAAGGCUUACACUAGUGGUGCAUCUUGACAAGCAUCGUCCUGGCGAGCCUUUUCAAGGGGAAAAGGGGAACAGGAAAAGAAAAGUUAGGGCGAGCUCUAAAAACAUUAUCUACGACAAGAAUUUAGCUGAGGGUGUCACAACCCAAAUACUGGGCGCAGAAAUCCACGCCAAAGCCAAGAGAAAGUCACUGUUCGCUCAGUCUACAACUUUUGUAGACCAGUCCGCAGCUGCUGGUGAAGGUUCCUCUGCUACGCAGCGCAACCCGAACGAGAUGACAGCCAUCAUCACGAACUUCAUUACGCGUUUGGUGGAGAACAGAGAUGACAUUGUAGACACGGAUGGAAAACCGAAACUGGUUAAAUUGGCCCCGGACGCAGAAGCUCGUAAGCUUGUUACGCUUGCACUUGAGAAUAUUCAUUGAUCAUCAAUGAUAAUAUACACAUAAUUCAUUUUCAUCCUUAUAUGCAAGAUGAGAAGUACUUACAUCGACUACAUGACUUUUCUAUUCUAAGAACGAUGCGAGUUACUACACAGCCGGUGGCGAUCGCAAUAUCAAAGGCUUCGGAGCGCUGGUCUCAAGUGCUGAAGUAGCUUACUUGAAAGAUGUAUGGACAGAAGAACUGAACCUGUAUCACUCGACUUCUGAUCUGUGGUGGUGCCGCCUUAUUUGAUUUUAAUGUCAAGGGAAACCGCAACAGAUCAGGAAGCGACAGUAGACUCAGGAAAUUUAUUUUUCCAAAAAUGCCACCCACUCCGAUGAAUGCGGACAACGACGAGAAGUACGAAGAGUAUAUGAAAAGUUUUACGUUGGUGCCACAAGUUUCACGCAUAUUCGAAGUGGUCGCCCAUGCAGGAACUGAAAGUUAUUGGUGGUUGAUAUCAAUAAAAACAAAUGACAUAUAGGUAAAAACAAAAAGCGAUCUAGAUGACAUAGAUUAUAUACACAACGUUGAGCAGUUAGUUUACCUCUCAGUUGUAUGUUUCUGGUAUUUGGUAACCUGAUUUUGAUCACGAGGAUUCUCUUCCUUUUUUCCUUAUGUUCAAAAUCAGGCUACCAAAUACCAGAGCAAUUCAGUUGAGCAGUUAGCUUGCCUGCUCUCAGUGAUCGUUCCAACUUGCUCUUAUAACAAGUUGCUGCACGAAAGUAAGCAAAAAAAUCUGGUUAUUUUUCUCUACCGUUAGUGAUUUCUUCGAUUUUUCAUGAUAAACUUGGUCGUCCACGUCUACUCCACCAACAUCUUUAUUUCGACGACUCCACCCCGCCUAUGUGUAUGUCUAAGCUUACCCCAACAGCACACCCGUGUGCACACGUGAAGAGUUGGUAAAGCAAAUGGAGGGCAUCCCAGCUACGGGGUCGCUUUUUGCGCAAUAUGAUGCGGACACUGGUUUCGGAAAAGACGAUGCCACGGUUAUCGGAGCCCAUGUUAAGGCUCCAAGAACAACAAGAUGAAUCAAUCACGGAUAUCUUUCAUGACUCAAAAAAUGAAUCAGAAUCACAGACUCCACCUCUGAAUGUGAAUUGCAAUUCUUCUGUGCAUCCUUGUCAAGCAUCUUUAGCAUAGUUGACAUCAUGAUCGCGCAUCUGAAUCAAGUAUCACUAUCAGCAUACUCGAGUCGAAAUUAUGAAUAUUGAAGCAAAUAGGACCAGUGUGUGGAGCUGGAGCCUCAACAUUGGGAUGUUGACUGUAAUCAAGAACUUCAAGAUGCAGUACAAUGUAUUUAAAAAUGCAAGAAUGGAACAGCACUAAGGAUGCCACGUCUCCGGAGAUCAUCAGCCUCAUCCUUCGCGACGGCUUCAUAGUACCUAGUGACGUUAAGGCCAUUAGGUACUUAGUCCCAUUGUGGCUGCACAACAUAUUCCCCUGAGGAUGCGUAGGACAUCAAGAACAUACAACAGCCAACAGGGCAAUAAAAAAGUAAAAAAUUGCAGUGAGAAGUUUAAGCUCUACUAAUGGUGCACCCGCUGCGGGCGACGGUAACUGGGAAACGGAAAAAGCAAAUGCGCAGAAAGCAGAGAAGGAAAAGGCUGCUGGUGAGUUCGACGUUACUCAGUUCAUGACAUUGGGCAGGCGACAGCUCUACAUCACUACCAAGUUUAUGGCGCUAGCCCUCACUUGGACUUGCUUUAGAUAGCUCUACAUCACAAUCAAGUUUAUAGCACUUGUUUUUGCGCUAUUAAAUACAGAGGCGUAAGUAAUGCCCUAUGAUUGUUAUUGUAUUGUAUUGCAUUGAUGUAGAGUGGUUUUGGUACAUGAUGAAUGAAUGAUAGACUCAUUUUGAGAAUGAUCGUGAAUCGUCCUUCUUUCUCAAAGUUGUUGAGUUAGUUCUAAGAAAGGGUCAAAAUCGGACCACUAUGUUAGGGCGAUUGAUCCGGCGAAGCAGGUGAUGAAAGAUAUCGUCAAAACUGGAGCUGCGAACUUCGCCUCUUCAAAGCCGAACGUUAAGGCUACCGCUGAAGCAUCCUCAACAGCGUCAUCUUUGGCCUCUUUUCCCAAAAGUUCAGCAGGCUGUAGCGGAUUAAAUUGAUUCAUCUUGUUUGACUGCGUCCAUCCUGGAAACGUCCUGUCCUCUCAGGGAAAAUGCAACGCGAUUGCUCUAAGAAUGAUCCAAAGCGAACGGCGGUCCGUGAUUUCUACAUGGGAGUCAAGCGCGCGCUAGACGCUGUGGGGGAACCUGAAACGGAUGGUGGGGGCAACACUGUGGAGAGCGAAGUUGUGAGGUUUAUGACAGGUAUUAAUUUUGAGAAGUUCUGAUUCUUGAAGACCUUCUUGUCGAAGUGGAACUGGAAGUAAAGGCUCGAGUUUAAAAAAGAUAUAGAAGAUAUGUGCUCCGCUUCGGUCGUGUCGACAAACACUUACUGAGUAGUCGCGGCGUGGUUCUUGCAUCCGCAUUAUAAUAUGUAUUUAUAUUUUACUCCCCGGGCCGGGGUGCCCCGGGAGACGUUGAAGGGAGAAAAAUUGUAAUCAAGGUGGGCGCCUGCGUGAAGGGUUUCACAUGGUGAAACAAGCGCCCGAAGGGCGCGCACUUCCCUCCGCCAAGCGGCAGGCGGAAGUGGGAGGAGGCGGGGGCCGUCUUUGUGUGGUUUGUUGCCCUUCGCUUCCCGAAAUGGCCCCCAAAGUGAAAGCCAUUCCCAACGCGUUGGCCAUGGGCACCAUUUUCAACGCGUCGGCCAUAAAUGGCGCGGGCGUUUGUGGCUUUUUCCUCUCUUGUUGUUGCUGUUCUUGUUGUCCUUAUCUUGUCGCCCUUGUUGUCUUUGUUGUUCUUGUUGUUCUUGUCGUCUUGCUUUUUUUGUCCAUAUUAAAGGCAGGGCGCUGCUCUUGUUGUCUUUCAGUUUUCACAUUCAAGGCAGGGCGCGUAGUGAGAGCGAGGAGUCGGGGGGAGCAGUCUGGGCUGCCGCUCCUCUGGUUUGUCCUUUCCGUGUUGUUCGGUUUCCUGUGUGCAAUCGAGGCGUGUGGGCAGUGUCGUGAGGGUGGGGGCCUGGAGAGUAGUGCGAGCCUUGGCCUCGGCUUGUCACACAGCUUUUGCCGAAGGGGUUUUUGUUGUGAAUGUUGCUGCUGUUGUUGUUAUUGCUGCCGCUGUUGUGGUUGUGAUUGUAGUCGGCCUUGCUGUUGUUGUUGCUUUCGUUGGGGUUGUUGCUGUUGGGGUGGUUGUUGCUGUUGUUGUUCUUGUUGGGGCUGCUGUUGGCAUUAUUGGGGGCGCUGUUGUUAUCGUUGCUUGUUGCGCCUUCGGGGUCUUUCAGCGUUUGCAUGAUAGGCGUCGCAGGGGUCUCUUCGUGUUCGUUGUUGCUGUUGUCGUUGUUGCUGUUGUGGGGGCUGCCGUUGUUGUUGUGGUAUCUGUUUGCUGUCGGGGUUAUUUUUUGGGUUGCAGUUGUUGUUGUUGGCAUUGUAGUUGUUGCUGUUCUGGCUGUUGUUGGGGUUGUUAUCGUUGUGGCUGCUGUUGGGGUUGUUGUUGGGGGUGCUCCUGCUGAGCCUUGUUGGCCUUUUAGUCUUCACCUUAGAGGCGGCAUGGGUGUCCUUUAGUGUUCACGCCAAAGGCGUCUUGAAGGUCCGUUAGUGUUCACCUUGAAGGCGUCUUAAGGGUCCUGUAGUGUUCACACUCAGGGCCGCUUAAGGUUAAGGGUCCUUAGCGGCCACUUGAGGGCUCUUUCGUGUUCACAUUGAAGGCGGCGGCCCUUUAGUGCUCACAUUAAAGGCGAAGAGCCUUCGGGGACUUUGAAUAGUAUUCGAGGAGAGUACUAUUAUUAAACGACCAUGGCUUCUCCUUCUUUGUAUUAUAUAUUUAAGAUCAUUGCCGCUGCCCAUUUCUAAUAGCAUUGCGGCAGACCAGCCAGUGGAGCCCGUUGUGACCUUAGAGGCCUAUGCGGGGACACCGCUCACAAAAGAAGAGACGAAUCAGCUGGCGCUCCUGGAGAAUGAGCACAAGGAGAAAAAGAAAAAAUUGGAGUCAGCGUCGGAACCCAUGAACGAAGAUACGAAGACGAAAGCAGACCAAGACCUGGCCGCACUCAAGACCCAAAUCCAACCCCUAAAAGAGCGAAAGGAAAGCAGCGACAAAUACCAGACUCUGAGGCGUUUUCAGUACCAAACAGCAACGAAACUGUAUGGCGAUGUAUCAUCUUCAAACUAAACUCUUUACUAUUGCUACAACAAGUUCGCUCUCGCUGUAGUAGCUCUACCUCUAGAUGAAGCUGAUGUAGUUAAUGUGUUAUUUACUACUAGUACUAUUCUGACUCUGUUACUUGAGCUUGAAUAUUUCAUACUCCUAAGAAUCUUGAUUUUAUUCUCUCCCACUGGAAUUCCAACAAGCUCUCCACCACAGGAACCGCUCUGAUGACCACCACUCCACAUGAAUUAGACCACAUGAAGUGCAUACUGAGUAUGUACUAGGAAGUUUCUCAUACUCAUUAGAUACGCAAUCAUACUACAUCUAGGAAGUUCUCUAAUCACAUACUACUACUAGAAGGAAGUUCUCUAAUCACAUACUACUAGUACUAGGAAGGUCAUCUUCAUUAAUCACAUACUACAAAAUCAAAAACAAAUACAACUAGUACUAGGAGUAGGAAGUUCCUCAUCGUUAUUAUCAUUAUCUCUAAUCUUCACUACGUCUGCCGCGUUUCACUUUCGUGGUGCAGGCAAAGAUUCCGCAGUUUUUCACGCUGAUCGCUGGCGUGAACGACUUGCACAAUGCAAAGGUGCCAAUGACGACCUGGCUUGAGGCCUACAAAACUUGGUGGAAGGCGAAGGUGAUAGAGCUUGAAGGAAAGACCACAGAAGGCGAGGGGCCAAAAGUAUUGACAUACCUUUUGUAAAUGUUUCUUAGCCGAUAACCCAUGCACGAAUAUUUUUGUUUCUUAGCCGAUAAAAAUUUAUGCAUGUUGAGUCUCUUCUAAGAAGAGAACCCCUAGUCCUUAAUGUCGCUUAUACUUGGUCAGAAACAACUCAAUAGAAGUGCUCAACCCAUGUCUAAUUCCUAGUUCUUAAUGUUUCUUAUACUUGUUCAGAAACAGCUCAAUAGAAGUGCUCAACCCAUGUCUAAUUCCUAGUCCUUAAAGUCUCUUAUACUUGGUCAGAAACAACUCAAUAGAAGUGCUCAGCCCAUGUCUAAUUCCUAGUCCUUAUUGUCUCUUAUACUUGGUCAGAAACAACUCAUUAGAAGUGCUCAACCCUAACCCAUGUCUAAUUUUUAUAUUUGGAUUCAUCAUUUUCUAUUUCUAAUACUAAUUCUAGUUGUACUAGUUCUAGUACCAACAUUACCUGCUUAAACUAUCUUCGAAUCUAGUUCUCCUAAGCUUCAGAUGGAUCAGUCACCAACUUAAUAGACUUUCUUCAUCAUAUCUACCUACUUUCUCUUCAGAUUCAAAACUCAUACUUUCUUCAAAACUUUUUAUCUCCUGCUCAGUCACAGUCACCCGGUACCGGUUCCACCGCUGCGGUAACUUUCGCUUGUCAAGGUGUUGGUUGCAGUUCGCCCAGAAGUCAGCUACAAGUGGACGAGCCUUCGAUUGCAGAACUGUCGUCGAACAGAACCAUCCGCGCUCGCGAUUUCGCUUAUCAUGAUGGCGAUGAAGAUAUCACCGAUUCUCCUUCGGACGAAGAUCAUUAUGGGCUACUUCUAUUUCUAUUUCUUGAUCUUAUCUUUAUCUUGUUGCGUUAUUCAUAUUAGAUUUAUGGUAGUGACGAUAUGGAAUAACACUAUCACUAUGCCAAAUAAAGUGAACAUAGAAAUAAAGUGGUUUUUUAGCCAAGAAACGCACAUAAAGUUCAGGGAAUACUGGGGCAAUAUUCGCCUCAAAGUGAAAAGCUUCCACUCUGAGACGAAUAUAUAAUAGAGUAGUUUAUAGACGCUGGGCGGCUGGGCACGCUGGGUGGCUGGGCGGCCUCGCUGGGCACGCUGGGCGGCAACGCGGGGCACGCUGGGCGGCAACGCUGGGCACGCUGGGCGGGCGCAUGGAUGGCGCUUAGCGGACUUGAGGGCCACACAUUGGGCGUGCCGAGCCUCCGCGGCCGAUGGAUUUACUUGCGCCGCGGGGACGCGGUGCAGCGCGUCCUCCCCGUGAGGACAAACAAAGGCGGCGCGCCGCCCUCAAGGUUCAGGACAGCGCUGGCGCAGUGCUGCGCCAGUUUGCGCAGCAGCGGGCUUCGCGGCGCCUGCUCUGUUCAGGCUUGCACUGCGUCGCGCUGCACUGCGCUGCUCGAUGCGUGCAAUGCUGCGCCGCUCCUGUGCACAACGGUAAACUCGCCGCCGUCGUUGGCCUUGCCAUACGCUAGACUAGCGCCACCGGUGGGGUUCUCAAGCGGGCGCCCGAAGGGCGCCCCGCAAUUGGAGACGCCCAGCGUCACGCUGGGCGCAGAAUUCGGCAGAUCUGGCAGAUUUGGGUCGCCCAGCGACCCAGUGUGCCCAGCGUGCCCAGCCCAGCCAUGUUGGGAACCCUUAUAAACUGUUCUAAUAUAAGGCACAAAAAAGCGCUUUUCUAUGGUCGCUUUUGGCAUAGUGUUAUUCGUCCAUAAGUGACGAGUGACUCCGAUGCUUAUUGAGAUUGAGAUAUGCUCUUAAUAGGACCACUUCAUCACCACGCAAGAAGAUGUUGACAUACCUUUCGCUUUUUUUUUACAAUGGAUUCACCUCGUCCGUUCUCAUUCUCAUCCUCUGAGGACAGUUACCACUUGGUCCGCCUUGUGCUUAAUCAGAACCAUCUUAUUAGAAGUGCUCAAUCCUCGCUCCUGCGGCUACAUCUUGUCUUCGUGUACCUGCAGUAAGAAUAGAAUCAUCAUAGAAUAGAACUAUGAAGUACUUCUUAAGGAAUCCACAUUUUCUAAUAUCCGUUUCGCGUUCGAAGCCGUGGCGACCCGGAUGCGGACUUCUUGGCUGACCCGGAUGCCCCUGUGGAUAACAUGCAGGAGUCGGUCAUUCUGAUUUAG